AUGAAGCUACAAACUUCAUCUUUCCUCCUCAUUUUGUUGCUGUUGGUUGCAAUAUAUUGCACCAACAAUGCCUUUGCCAAUACCGACGAUUCUAAUGAAAACCAAUCCGAAGAAACACGACAUCAGGUUGAAACAAUAGGCAAAAAACCGCCGCCGCCACCGUCAACUCCUCCCUACUACGAAUAUCCGCCCUAUGGGCCACCACAGCCUCCAAAACGAAACAAGGCGCCUACUCCAUGUUCCCCUUCCAAGAACAAAUCGUCAUCUUGUUCCCCAAAACGAAAGCCGUCUCCGAAGUGUCAACGAAAACAAAAGUCGCCACCACCAAAUCGGAAAAUGAAGCCACACGGCCCUCCACCACCACCUCCAAAAAACACACAGCCACCAACUGAGAAUUGGGGGUCUCCUCCGCCUCCACAUACGAGACCCCCACCGACUGAGAAUUGGGGUUCUCCUCCGCCUCCACAUACGAGACCCCCACCGACUGAGAAUUGGGGGUCUCCUCCACCAAUUACUGAUACGAAACCUCAUCCAGGGCAUGGCAACACAGUGCCUCGGCCUCCAUUCCAUGACAAGUAG